CACAAAAAAUUGAUACGUAUUAUUGAUUUCCUCGUGUAACGUGUUUAAUUUUUAGGAUGUACUGCAGUACAUAUAUAGGAUUUGGGGAAUACAGGCUGACUCGGACCAUGGCUGAUUCGGACCAAAUUUACUUGGCUUAUUCGGCCCAAAUUGUUUAAGUUUUCCUGACAUAAAUGUCAUGAGUAAAAAUAAAAUUUAUGAGUAUUAAGUUUAAUCUCUGAUGCAAAGAAUAAUUAAAGUCCUUCUUUAAAUGCAUAAGUGAUGCAUUUUAGUUUGUCAAAACUUCUUACCUGCUUUGGGAACUGAACAGUAAUCUAGAAACGAAAAUAUAUAAUAAAAGAGACGAUAUCAACUCUGAAGUUGUCAACUUCCCCCACCUUGAUGGAGAUGUCCCUCGAGCGACAUCAUACGGUGUCUAUAUUUCACAACUUAUUCGUUUUACAAGAGCUUUCUCAAAGUUAGAAGAUUUAAUUGACAGAAAUCUUCAUAUCACCAAACAGUUAUUACAACAGGGUUACCGAUAUCAUAAACUACGGAAGGUUGAUGCAAAGUAUCUUGGGGUCACUAUAUCCUUAGAUCUUAACUGGAAUAAACACAUCAAUUUAGUCACGUCCAAAGCUAUCCGAACACUUCACUUCAUUAAGCGAAAUAUCCCAUGCAAAAACCCAAAAGUUCGGGAAUUAGCUUAUAAAGCUCUAGUCAGUCCACAGCUGGAAUAUGCUAGCUGCGUCUGGAGCCCAUAUACCCAACAUAACCUUCACCAGAUCGAAAUGAUUCAGCGGAGGGCAGCGUGAUGGGUUAAUCAUGACUACUCCCCUUACAGCAGUGUCACAAACAUGCUAAAUCAGCUGGGAUGACGUACCCUUGAAAAUAAGAGAUCUGAUACACGCCUCCUUAUGUUCUACAAAAUAAUGAAUGAUUUGGUUGCUGUACCACUUCCUCCUUAUGUCAGCCCCCCAUCCCGUCUAACAAGACAUAUGCAUCCCCACUCCUAUACCCAGAUCCUCACUCCCUGUAAUUACUAUAAGUACUCCUAUCUUCCAGCCACCACAGUUCUUUGGAAUUCCCUUCCAGCACAACUUGUGCAAGCCCCCACCCUGAACCAGUUUAAGCAGGGUGUGACCAAACUUGCACACAAUGCUUAACAUGAUAGAUCUGUUUUUAAACUGCUUUUAUCUGUAAAUCCUUCUUGUUUUUUAACACUAUCAACUGUACUUCAUGCUUGCAAUAUACAUAGUGUACUACUUUUAUUCUCCUGUCCAUUCUACUUUUAAAUUUCUUGUACAGGCGUGCAGCUGCACGUAAUACUCGAAAAGAGGCGUGAUGCAGUAUAUAUAGAUAGAUAGGCUUUCACUAAAUUUUAUUACAGAUCGUCCGAACUUUUAAAGAAAUAUGAUACUAACCUUAAAACAGUUUUGAAACUUAGUCUUACACACCCAGUAUACUAUUGAUAAUACUAACCUUAAAACAGUUUUGAAACAUACAAGUAAACUUCUUCAGCAAGGCUACCGUUAUUACAAAUUGCGUAAAUAUUUUGCUAAAUUUUACUAUCGUAAUUCUGAUUUGGUUUUAAAAUUCAAUAGUAAUUUAAAGACAUUUCUGCGAGAAGGUAUUUCUAAACCCGUUUUUUGGGGGAUGUGGUUUACAAACUUCGUAAGAUCUUGGGUCAUGGUAAUUUUCCAAAUGUAUUUGGUAAAAUUAUAAAACGUUUUAUUAAAAGAGGUUACGACCCAACUGUUUUGAGACAUACCGCAUGUUUAGUGUUCAACCCGUUUACAGUUGGACACUACGCUUCCCUCUUUGAUUGUGUCUGACGGAAGAGGGGGAGGACUCUAUGAUAAGCAGUUUUUAAAUCCUACCAGGACUGAACUGUUUUGAUAUCUGUCUUCUGGCCUGUUUUGUCGGGCCCUUAAGGGUGUUUCUCUUGUUGCUCUUUCUUCUGAAAAUGCAUUGAGUACAUACGUUUUUGGUUCUAAAGGCUACCGUACACAAUAGUAACGGACUAAAGAACGCGCUUUAGCUAUGGGUAAUUUUUGCUGUGGUGCAAGCAAUAGAGAUGACAGACACGGGAACAUGAGAAAAACGUGGUUACAUCCACCAAAUAACAAGGCAUCGUUUCUAUGGACCGUUUCGUGUUACAUAGUUACCACUCUUGUAUCAUCUCUGAGCAAAUUUUGGAUUGAUAAAUUGAACAAACCUUUGUUACACAAUGGAGAGCAGUUUCUGACUUUGUUAGAAAAGAGGCCUUGCAGCAGGGGCCUUGUUACUGUUAGCAAUCAUUACUCCUGCAUGGAUGAUCCUUUUAUAUGGAGUAUCAGAAAGUGGAAGCAUGUUGCUGGUACCAAAUACUUGAGGUGGAUACCAACGGCAGACAAUAUUUGUUUUACCAAUUAUAUUUCCACACUGUUCUUUUCCCUAGGAAAAUGUGUUCCCGUGGUUCGAGGAGAUGGCGUGUACCAAAGAGGAAUGGAUUUCUGUCUGGACAAACUGAACCAUGGUGAAUGGGUACAUAUUUUUCCUGAAGGUAAAGUCAAUUCACAGCAUGAAAGAAUGAGAUUGAAAUGGGGUGUCGGGAGACUUGUAGCCGAGAGUGAUACACCGCCUAUAGUUCUACCUCUUUAUCAUAUGGGGUUUGAUAAUGUGCUGCCGAACAAAAAGCCAUAUAUACCUCAGAUUGGGAAGAAUGUGACCAUAUUGGUGGGAGAUCCAGUAGAUUACACUGAUGAUCUUGUCAUGUUAAAGAAUCUCAACAAAACUCCUACAGAGCAAAGAAAAUAUAUCACAGAUGAUAUUCAAGCAAGAUUGUAUAACCUCAGGAAGAUUACAGAACAAAUGCACCAGGACAGAUUAGGGACUUCAGCUAGAUAGUUUAGGGACCAAAUGUUAUUGUCUACUAUUGACUGGUUUUAAUGUUUUUAAUAGAGGAUAUUACAUGACACUCAGUGUCUUUCAUAUUAAAUUUAUUAAACGAGUUUAAUAAAUUCAGUGUGGAAAGAUACAAAAUGUAAUAUUCUUUUUAUCACAUGUAAGCUUUUUCUGAUGAAACAUCAAAAUUUCUUCUUUCUUUACCAAUUAUAGACCAAGUCAAUUUGACCAGUCUCUUAUAGUUGAAACGACGUCAACGUCAAGGCUUUAUUACACUAUUGUAUUAUCAAUGUAAUGGCUUUAUUUCAUUCCCACGACGUCAAACAUGUGAUGGUUACUGUUAUCUGCGAUUCUCUAGAAGCUUUUAUCUUUAUUUUUAAUAUCAUAAAUUAUGUUUACAGUAAAACUUCAAUGGCUAGAGCGUCUGAGCUGACUCCAGAAAUUCUUGUGGCUGUCUGUGUUUGGAUUACUUGCAGCCCAGGAUAACUGAAGCAUUUUGCUUUUCCCCUUGUGACCAGUGAUCAGUGUUUCACUGUAUUUUAUGGAUGAAAUUAAGUCAGCCUUCUUAUAGGAAGAGCAAUGCUAUCAUAUUUCAGUUAGAAUCUCUAUAUAAACAAAAACAUUAAAUGCUAGAUUUGAUGUUUCUGUAUAUGUUUGAAGAACUGAAUUGUGUCUGCCUGAUUGUUAUCCUUAUUUUACUGAGAAAAUCAGCAUAGAAUAAGAAUAUAACGAUUAUUUGAGCCGCACCAUGAGAAAACCAACAUAGUGGCUUUGCGACCAGCAUGGAUCCAGACCAGCCUGCGCAUCCGCGCAGUCUGGUCAGGAUCCAUGAUGUUCGCUAACAGUUUCUCUUAUUGCAGUAGGCUUUGAAAGCGAACAGCAUGGAUCUUGACCAGACUGCGCAGAUGCGCAGGCUGGUCUGGAUCCAUGCUGGUUGCAAAGCCACUAUGUUGGUUUUCCCAUGGCACGGCUCAUUUAAUCUUCUGUAUAAUACUGGAUACACAUCUGAAAAUCAUACUAAACUUGCAUAUUGGGUCAUCCAGUAUGUUUCUACAAAUGGGUUCUUGUUCAGUAAUAUUGCCAUGUUGUACAGAACGUUAAAUAACCUAAUAAAUAUUGUUUGUAUAAUUCAUAUAAUGGGUAAUAUAAAAUGAUAUUGUAUGUAUACUUUAUGUAAUGGACAAUAUAUUAUGAUAUUGUAUGUAAUUGAUAUUGUAAUUGAUAUUAUAAUUGAUAUAAUUAUUUGAGCUGUGGCAUGAGAAAACCAACAUAGUGGGUUUGCGACCAGCAUGGGUCCAGACCAGCCUGUGCAUCCGCGCAGUCUGGUCAGGAUCCAUGCUGUUCGCUUUUAAAGCCUAUUGCAAUUAGAGAAACAGUUAGCGAACAGCAUGGAUCCUGACCAGACUGCGCAGAUGCGCAGGCUGGUCUGGAUCCAUGCUGGUCGCAAACCCACUAUGUUGGUUUUCUCAUGGCCUGGCUCAUUUGGUUUUAUAUAAUGAUGGUUUAUGUAUAAUUUAUGUAAUGGGCAUUUUAUAAUAAAUGUAUGUAUAAUUCAUGUAAUAUCACAUUUGAAUAAUCUUUACAGAUCUGCCAGGGUUCUUUUAUUUUAAAACAUUUAAACUUUGUGAAAUUUUUAUGCUCAUUUCUUGUUUUGUUGUACCCCCUGACAACAAAGUUGUAAGGGGGGUAUACUGGUUUCAGGUUGUCUGUCUGUCUGUCUGUCUGUCCGUCUGGUCGUCUGUCCGUAGACGCAAUCUUGUGCGCAUCAUCUCUCCUUAUCCCCUUGACAGAAUUUAAUGAAACUUUACACAUGUGAUCAGUACCAACAGUAGUUGUGCAUGGGGCAUGUAAGGUUCUUUUAGAAAAAAAAAUUGCAGAGUUAUGGGACUUGCAUGAAGGGAUUUUGAUGAAACUUGGCACAGUUGUUCACCAUCAUGAGACAGAGUGUCAUGUGCAAAAACCAGGUCCCUAGGUCUAAGGUCAAGGUCACACUUAGAGGUCAAAGGUCAAAUUCAAGAAUGACUUUGUCCGGAGCAUAUCUUCUUCAUGCAUGGAGGGAUUUUGAUGAAAGUUGGCACAAUUGUUCAUCAUCAUGAGACGGAGUGUCAUGCGCAAGAACCAGGUCCCUAGGUCUAAGGUCAAGGUCACAGAGGUCAAAGGAUACAAGAAAGAAAACUUUGUCCGGAGCAUAUCUUCUUCAUGCUUGGAGGGAUUUUGAUAUAACUUGGCACAAAUGUUCACCACCACGAGGCGGAGUGUCAUGCGCAAGAACCAGGUCCCUAGGUCUAAGGUCAAGGUCACACUUAUAGGUCAAAGGAUACAAGAAUAAAAACCUUGUCCGGAGCAUUUCUUCAUGCAUAGAGGGAUUUUGAUAUAACUUUGCACAAAUGUUCACCACUACAAGGCGGAGUGUCAUGCACAAGAACCAGGUCCCUAGGUCAAAGGUCAAGGUCACACUUAGAGGCCAAAGGUCAGAUACAAGAAUGACUUUGUCCGAAGCAUUUCUUCUUCAUGCAUGGAGGGAUUUUGAUGUAACUUGGCCCAAUUAUACACCAUCAUGAGACAAAGUGUCAUGCGCAGUUCCCUUCUUUAGAAUUACUUCCCUUUGUUGUUACUAUAAAUAGCUUAUAUUGUAACUUUUUCAUUACUAGUUGUAGGGAAAAAUCGAGACCACUUUUCUGUAGUACAACAUGCAUGCUACAUCCAAUUAUGAGGUGUAUUUUGACCAAUCUCUACCUGGUAAAGAUUUUUGUGUGGACUUACAAUUUUUUUUUUUUUUUUUUUUUUUUUUUUUUAAGAUUAUCUUCCCUUAGUUGUUACUAUAAAUAACUUAUAUUGUAACUUUUUUAUAAUUGACCGUAGGGAAAAAACAAGACCACUUUUCUGUGGUACAACAUAGAUGUUACUUUCAAAUUUUAGGUGUAUUUUAAGGUAUCUCUACCUGGUAAGGAGUUUUUUUGUGGACUUAGAAAAACAAAUGACUUACAAUGAUUACUAAACAACCACAAAAUUAAAAUUCCAUUUGCAAAUACAGGUGCUAGAGUAAAAAAAUUUGCUGUGACGGGCGUAUAUUGUGACAUUCUGGCACUCUUGUUACUCUGGUUUUUGAAUGACAGAUAUUGUUAUUGUUUAACUGUUAAAAAAAAUGAAAUAAGUAAAUAAAUACUUUAAAAAUGA